AAUUUAUUAAGGUCUGAAUUACGAAAUGCUUGCUCUGAAAACAAUAAAGGCACCCAGAUCAGAAAGAGAAAGAAUGUGAGGGUUUCUAAAAUAAACAAAUGAAUUAUGAUUUAGCAAUGAGGGUGAGAAAAUCAGUUGAAUCUUUCAAAAAUAGAAUAAUUUUACUUUGCGUGUUAUCGGAGCUCAUAGCCUAAUUAUCUUAACUUGACUAAAUUCUUAUUUUAAUAUGAGUUAAGAAAUUGUUUUCAAUUUAAACAAAAGCGAUAUUCUGGAUUAAAGAAAUUCAUCAAAGUUGGGAUUAGAAAAGAAUUAGAAUCUUCAGAAAAUAUUUAUCAGGCAUUUUAACUUAGUUUAGGAUCAAUCAAAUUGCUGUGAGUAUAAGUAUGCAGUGCUUCUUACUUACUUACGCGUAAUAAAACAAGGGAUGAAAGAAUUUAGACAUGAAUUUUAUACAAUUAUUUUUCAAUAAAAUAUUUCAGCUUCUCAAAAUAGAAUUUGA